GUGCUUUCUAUCGUCCACACAGUAGAACAUCGGUGGGUCCACGACCACACCAACAGCAGAGGGGUCGCGCAACGGCAAUCAGACUGGAGCUUUAAAUUCAAAUCAACGGGGCUUCCCGUUUAAAGCACUGCAGUCACCAGACAUCGGAUUAGCGAAGUGAGACUAAUCACUCCAGCUAAGCAAACCGUUGUUGCCGGCAGCCACUGAUCCGAUCGGAACGGGGGGAAAAGUCACCGAAUCAGGAAGUAAAAUGGUGCAGAACAAGAUCGCAGCCGUAACCGGAUUCCACCGCUCUUUCAAGGGCCAAAAUCCUUUCGAAACGGACGAAUUCUCCAAAACCGGAUCCCACCUUCUUGAUCCCGCCUUCAAUUUCGAUUGCUCCACUCGCCCCGACAUGCCAGCCAGCCAGCCGAUCGACAUCCCAGACGCCAAGAAGCGAAACAAGAAGAAAAAGAGGUGCCGGGCGACGGACAGCUUCUCGGGACGGUUUGAGGAUGUCUAUAAGCUGCAGGACGAAGUGUUGGGAGAGGGCGCUUACGCAAAAGUGCAAACGUGCAUCAGCCAAAUCACGCAGAAGGAAUACGCCGUGAAGAUCAUAGAGAAGAGACCGGGACAUAGCCGAAGUCGCGUGUUCAGGGAGGUGGAGAUGCUGUAUCAGUGCCAGGGCCACAGAAACAUCCUGGAGCUUGUGGAGUUUUUCGAGGAGGAGGAUAAGUUCUACCUGGUGUUUGAGAAGCUGAGGGGAGGCUCCGUCUUGACCCACAUUCACAGAAGGAGACACUUCAGCGAACAGGAAGCGAGCAUUGUGGUGCAGGACAUCGCAAGCGCACUGGACUUUCUGCACAACAAAGGGAUGGCCCAUAGAGACCUCAAGCCUGAAAACAUCUUAUGUGAACAUCAAGACAGGAUUUCACCCGUGAAAAUCUGCGAUUUCGACCUGGGCAGUGGAAUCAAGCUGAACAGCGACAGCUCUCCCAUCUCUACCCCAGAGCUCCUCACACCGUGUGGUUCUGCUGAAUACAUGGCGCCCGAGGUGGUGGAGGCGUUCAACGAGGAAGCCACCAUCUACGAUAAACGCUGCGACCUGUGGAGCCUGGGCGUCAUCCUGUACAUCAUGCUGAGUGGCUAUCCUCCCUUCGUGGGCCGCUGUGGAAGCGACUGCGGCUGGGAGAACGGGGAGCCUUGUCACGCCUGCCAAAACACACUGUUCGAGAGUAUCCAGGAGGGCAAAUACGAGUUUCCCGAGAAAGAGUGGGCCCAUAUUUCCUGGAGUGCCAAAGACCUCAUCUCCAGACUGUUGGUCCGGGACGCAAAGAACCGGCUCAGCGCCGCUCAGGUUCUGCAGCACCCAUGGGUGCAAGGGGGUGCUCCUGAUUCUAUCCCAGCCUCCAUCCUGCUUCAAAGGAACAGCAGCGCCAAGGACAUAACAUUCUUCGCCGGACAGGCGAUGGCUGUGAACCGGCAGCUCGCAGAGCAGGACGUCCUGGAAGCUCAGCUGCAGGAAGAGGCGUCUCCUCAGGUGGUGACGGCAGGCGCGUGCUCUAUGCGUCUCUCGCCGCCAUCCAAUUCCAAACUGGCCAAACGGAGGCAGAGGAGCAGCGCCAUGAAGGGGGCGCCGGUGUCCGCCGCCGAGCUCAGCCAGCUCCUCGCUCCGCUUGUCCUUAUCGGAGACUGCGCCUGAGAGCCGUUUCAGUUCCGCUCAACCUGCUGGACAGUCGGCGAGGGGAAGAAAAAAAAAAAUAUAUGUUUGUUUUUUUUUUUUCCCCAUUUUGUUUUUUUUUUUUUUGGAAGUCUCUGCUGCCCCAUCAUUCAGGUAUCCCUCUGCCUAUCCGUGCCUCUUCCUCAUUAAAGGAGUGCCUCAUCUAAGAUAGAAUUUUUGGGUGAAGUAUUUCCUGUAUGCAAAAUGAGGGCGUCUGAGGCUCGUCCUGAACCCGGUUGCGGCGUCGCGCCCUCCUCUAUUCAUCCUCAGGCUCCUCCAGCACUUCUGCCAGCACCGCGCGGCAAGGUUCGGGACGGGACGGAUAAGCAGAGGGAUAAGUCAACCGUUUUUUUUUUUGUUUGUUUGUUUGUUUGUUUGUUUGUUUGUUUUGUUGGGUUUUUUUUAAAUCUUAUUUUUAUUGAAAAGGCAGAAUUUUGAAGCCAGACGCUCAAGACACCAAAGGACUACGACACCUACAGAAACCCCUUCCCCGUUCCUCAGCUGCUUCCACUUUUACAACUGGAUCCACUGUGAAUUUUUAUUAUUAGUUUCUUUUGGUUUUUUUUUUUUGUUUUUUUUUGGGUUCUUUUUCUCAAUGAGAAGACUUUCAGGAAUGUUCUGCCUCCCGUACGUGUACGUGCCCGGACGUCCGCGUCGUCAGUUCUAAGAUUCGCACGCUUUAUGCAAUUCCUAAUUACUUCAUCACUCAAGCUGUCAGACUUCUGGGAGAUGUUUCGUGUUUUAUUUAUUUUUUUUUUUGUUUUUUCCCCCCCUUUCUUUUCUGUGCUAUCAGUGCCUCGCCUCCAUUAGUUUUCCAAAGCCAGUGAAUUCCUGUCAUCAGCAAACAAAACCCCAGACACUCACUCGUACAGCAUUAAACCUGACGUCUGUUAUUCAAGGAUUGGCUUUUUCUACCAAAUUAACAAAAGCACUUAAAAUACAUAUAUAUAUAUCCCCCCCCCCCCCAAAUCAGUGCCAGAGUACAUUUGCGUAUAUUCAAACGCAUUUUCUCCAAAAGUGCACUUUGUGAACUCUGAUCGCCGUACUUUGGGAUCCUACUUGAGUUCCUUUUUUUUUUUCUUUUCUUCUUCUUCUUCUUCCUCCUCUCUCCCCCUACAUUUUUUUUUUUAAAGCCAUUAACUUCUCAGACUUGUCUUCUGUUGAAGAUCAUAAGUAAACGUAUAACAUUUUUUUUUGCGUCGACCGUGAUCAGCACAAGGGGGUUAGUCGUCAAGCACAUGCUGGGGGCGGCGGGACGAUCACGUGGUUAUGCAAGCACAGGUUUGUUUACGUCAUUAACUGAACUCCAGCUGGUCAGGGAAUAAGGCUUUGGGGGCGGGGGGACAAAACAAACAAAACCGUUUGGUACCGAUGUCCCAGUCUGACGGUACAGUGAUUAUAUAAACCCGUUGCCUCGUAGGCACUGCCAAAUACGUGAAACAUUUACAACCCAUUAAGAGAGAAGAGGGCAGGGGAGACGUUUUUGUCAUAAAGUUAAAAAAAUGAAGAAAAAAAAAAAGAUGGAAAAGCAUUCCAGGAAAAAAAAAAAAAACAAGUCGGAAAAACUUACAAAAAAAAAAAGUCUUCCAAGGCAGUGUAGCUGUAUGAAUAAGUGUGAACAAUUCUUCUUUUUUUUUUUCGUUUAAAAAGUUUACUUGUCGGUUUUUUUUCUUUGUUUUUUUUUUGUGUGUAACUCCAUUUGAAUAUUGAAACUGUGCCACACUGAUGUUUUAAGCUUGUUGUUGUUGUUGUUGUUGUUAUUGUUAUUAUUAUUAUUAUUAUUAUUAUUGCUAUUGUAUCUUCAUCUUCAAUUCAAGCAGGUGCUGUUCAAAAUGUUCAGGUGAAACACCAGAUUUUUUUUUUUUUUUUUUUUUUAGUCCCCCCGCCCCCCCCCCCCCCCUUUUUUUUUUUUUAAACUUCGUUUAAGUAUUCAUGUGAUGUAUUGCCGGUGCAGAAGUUGGGGUAUAUAAUGUGUGAAUUAUUUUUUAUUUUUUUUAAACAAAAUUGAAGUGAGAACGAAAAGGCAGUUACUUUGAUUACUUUCAGUGUUUUUCAUCAGGGGUGGACAAAUCAUCAUAAAUUCCUUCUCAGAGCCCAACACCAUAACCUAACCGACGAGGAUAAAAGUGUAAAGUCGUGUAACGACGUACGGCGAGCGAGCUAGCUAGUCGAGCGCGUUAAUACAGGUACAAACGAGUAAAUGGUCACAUAGAAGAUGACUCAGGUGUUCUCCUUUUCUAUGAAAAAUAAAGUCUCUGAGUGGGGGGGGGGGCGGAGUCAUGAGCGAGGCAUCGGACGACGUUUCCGCUACGAGCGGUGACGCUCCGUCCUCACGUAACCGAUGAUCUCGGAGUCUGGGUAGCGUCUUGUUCUUGACGUGUUGAACAAACACGUGCAAGCAGAGGAAAACGUCUCUUUUUGCAAACGCUGGCUUGUCUACUGAGCAAAUUGUCCAUUAGGUGACUGAAUUUAAAAAAGAAAAACAAACAAAACGCUAAUAUCCUGGACAGGUCAUCAUCUUGUCCCGAGUUAGCGAUUUGUCCACCUCAUUUCUUGUUAGUAACGUUGUCUAACUUCAGGUUAGUCUACUUCAUGCGUUAGUUUUUAUUAUUAUUAUUAUUAUUAUUUUUAUCCCGCGUAACUAGCUUUCUGACCCGGAACGCAGGAUUGUGCUGGAGGGAUGUUUGGCAAAGGAAGUGCAUCGUUUGAGUCUAGACGUACGUGUCCACAUUGGUAGAUUGGUGGAACUUGUUUUAUGGGUUGUACUUGUUUUCAGGCAUUAAUGUCACCAAUGAGAAGGCAAAAACAAACAAAAAAACAAAAACAACAACAUCCGCACGAUGUAUAAUAAUCCUGUUGAAUGUUUAAGCGAGCGCCCCGCGUUCGGUGGUGCGUUUCCUUUCGUAGGUUGCAAAACGACAAACAAACGGCACUCGAGCCUAUUAGUUGAGAAUAGGACACUGAUUGUAAUAUUUUUUUUUUUUCUUUCUUCUUUUUAUACAUAUAUAUUUCUACAUUUUGCAUCUUUUUGUGGAGGUUUUAUGUCUUAUAGUAAGACUUACUUGAAUUGUAUAUGCAGCGGUUUUCUCACAUUUUGCUCGGGAAACUACCUUUAUACCUGUACACAAAGCUGUUCAUGAGACAAAGCAAUCGCUUGGUUUGGAGAAUCAUUUCGACCACGAGUCGAAUCAGUAUUGGACUCUCCUGUAUUUAAUUCUCCUCGUCCGGUUUUUACUGCAAAGGCACAGAACUUUGGUUUCGUUCUCAAAAACAAAAAAUAAGAAACGUGGCUUGGAUUCGGACGUCCGAAAGCAUCCGAGACGAGAUCCACCACUGUUUUAUUAUCGUUAUUACUAUUUUCUUUUUCCCCCUUAUCCAGAAGUUAAGGACUGCCUCAUGUUAAAGAGUCGGGGACGAGAUUUAAUCCUCACCUUUUCUUUACUUCCGUUUGUUUUUGUCGUUAUGAAAAAGGUUGAAGGAACAGCGUUCUUUCUUAACAGCUGUACUUGUAGCAGUGGGAUUUUGGAGUUCAACCUUAUUUCCCCAAAUGAAUUUAUUACUAUAGGGGCCGAAAUGCUUUUAUUUUCCCCUCUGUUAAACUGUAUAUUUUUUUUUAUUAUUAUUUUUUUUUUUUUUUUCAUGUUAAUGUGACCUGAAGGUUGAAAAACUCAUGUAUUCAGCACUGUCUGAUUUUCUGAUUUUUUUUUUUUUUCCCACCCACAACCCAAAUGACUCAUGGGAAGAAGAUCCAAACUGCAGGGUUAUUUCCACGAAGCGGGAUUUCUCGGUUAGUCGAGCGAGGGUCUUUCAGUAGGACAGUCCCCGACCUCUCCUCUUCUCCUGUUGGUCGGUCUGUCUCGCUCAACCGAGAAAGCUCGCUUCCUGAAACGACCCGCCGCCCGGGGUUUCCUCUCGGGAUGACGACAAAAACCAUAAAAAGCACUUUACUGUACCACGUGGCUGAUUUUCAGUUCACUCAAAGCAAGACAUAUGACUUGUUGCAGGAUUUUGUAUUGUUUUCUAAUGAAAAACAAUAAAAAAAACGCUUUGAACCACAAA